UCUCUCUCUCUCUCACUCUCUCUCUCUCUCUCUCUCAUUCUCGCCCACAUCCUCCAAACCCUAACUCUCUUUUCCGAUCCCUCUCCGAUCCCCCACAACCCUAAUUUACCACCUCUUCAAACCCCACCAUGCUCAGAGCUUGAUUCCCCUCCUCAUUUCUCCCAAAAUCGAAAGGAGGGCCUCUUCCCAAUUUGAGACCAUGUAUAGAGACCGCGGAGGAGGUGCGUCGUCGAAGACUGAGCUCGCCGGUGGGCCACUUGACCGGAAGCGCAUCAACGAUGCACUGGACAAGCACCUAGAGAAGUCCUCCCCUUCCACAUCCAGACCCAAAGACAAAGAACAACGCCUCUCUCUCCCCUCCACUUCCGCCGGUAAAUCCCACCUCGAUCACCGCGCCGCCGCCUCCCUCUCCAAGAACAAGUGCUCCGAUGCAGAGGAAUCUGAGACAGACAGCGAAGAAUCAGAUGUCAGUGGUUCCGAUGGAGAUGACACAUCUUGGAUUUCAUGGUUCUGCAAUCUGCGUGGAAACGAGUUCUUUUGUGAAGUCGAUGAUGAAUACAUUCAAGAUGAUUUCAAUCUCUGUGGUUUGAGCAGUCAAGUUCCAUAUUAUGACUACGCUCUUGAUCUGAUUCUAGAUGUUGAAUCUUCUCAUGGUGAUAUGUUCACUGAAGAGCAGAAUGAGUUGGUUGAAUCAGCUGCGGAGAUGCUAUAUGGUCUUAUUCAUGUUAGAUACAUAUUAACAAGCAAAGGAAUGGCUGCAAUGUUAGAGAAAUACAAAAACUAUGACUUUGGAAGAUGUCCAAGAGUUUAUUGCUGUGGACAACCCUGCCUUCCAGUUGGUCAAUCUGACAUUCCUCGUUCAAGCACUGUAAAAAUAUACUGCUCAAAAUGCGAAGAUAUAUAUUACCCUCGGUCAAAGUACCAAGGCAAUAUUGAUGGAGCUUAUUUUGGCACCACAUUUCCGCACCUAUUCUUGAUGACAUAUGGACACCUUAAACCACAAAAGGCAUCUCAGAGUUAUGUUCCAAGAGUUUUUGGCUUCAAGCUCCAUAAACCGUAGGCAUGCUGCAAACUGCGAAACUUGUGAUGAGAUCCUCCAUUGAUCAUCCUUGGUCCUUUUUUUGCUUCAAGCCUCCACUGAUCAAGGCUCGGUUGUAACAAGUGAGGUAGCUGCUGUAGCUCCUAAUGUAUGAAGAGCAAUCUACCAUGGAAAAUGUUUGAAGUGCAAAUUGCCUUAUUAGAGGGCAAACCUGUCUUUGAAUUUAAUCAUGAUAUUUACAGAGCACUUGUAAGAUUAUUCUUUUUGUUGAUUGAGAAUCUGAGAUUGAUGGUCAUCACAUCUGCACUUCCUGGUUUCUCAUUCCUUUUACUAUGGUUAA